AUGACGAGUCAAACAUCCAAAACAAUUUUUCUAGCAGGUUGCGGAGGUGGCUACGAUGUAUUUGGCUGUUUACCCUAUUAUUUCAAACUGAAAGCUUCUGGAGACUAUGAUAUAACACUUAUCAACUAUACUUUUACCAAAUUGGCGCUCUUAACUCAGCAUAGCGAGCAAGUAACAACAGUGCUUUUUCGCGUUGAUCCUCAAGCGAAUAUAGCAUGGCUAACUGAUGACGUUUAUUUCCCUGAACAGCGUCUCGCGAACGAACUUCAAGUACCUAUUUACGCAAUCUUAUGCGAUUAUACGGCAACACGCAUUGAAUUAAUUGUCGAAGCUUAUAAACAUCUGAUACACGGACGAUGUAUUGAUGAAUUGGCCUUAAUUGAUGGAGGAUCGGAUGUUUUAUUAACGGGCAACGAACUAGAAUUAGGAACUCCUGUUGAAGAUAUAUCACAUGCACGUGCUGUUGAUCUUUUAUCUACAGACGAAGUGAAAGCAAAAUAUAUUGUCGUUAUUGGCAUCAAUCUUGAGGUAGGGCAUGAUGUUCAGAAAUCCGAUAUCGAUGCACGAGUGGCUGCUCUUUCGUCCGACACUAUUUUCAAAUGGUUAUGGCAAUAUGAACAUGAUGAUGACGUUCGUCGCUAUGUGGAAAUCUUUCAUCGUUGCUCUCCAAGUCAAUCGAUCGUGCACAGUCUUAUCUGUGCUGCAUUGGAAGGUCGACGAGGAUAUUAUUUACCUGAACAUUUGCGCGACCGUAUUAGGAACUCUGUUGUUGAACUUAGUGAUGAAACAUGCAUUUCAAUUGUAUAUCGUCUCAAUGACGUCAUGCGGCACAAUGUUUACUUUCAACGGCUAAUACCGGAAAUGAAUCUGAAUCAAGUUUUUGAUGAAAUCUACGAUUCUAUAGACGACGAUUCAUCGAGUAUUGAUUCUACUGCAUCGUCACAAAAAUCGGAUUCUGAUGUCCCACAUUUUAUACGGGCUAUUUUGUCUUCGAAUAAUAAGGUGAACAAAUAA